GCAAGAGGCAGCAUGUGUGAGUAUAUGCUGUAAUGUGUGAGUGUGUGUGUGUGUGUGUGUGUGUGUGUAUAGAGCUGAACGCUGCGCUGGAAUCCGGGAGAGACGUCUCUCAUUGAUGCAAGGAUUCCCCUGUUUGCAACUGGAGAGGACACGUGCUGACUGUUUUAACCAACACAGGGAAUUAACUGUUACACAUACAGGAAACACUGGGAGCUUAAGUUGAAGGGCAAACUGACACCACCAUUUGAGGAUGUGUGGAGGAUCAUGCGGUCAAUAUAAGAUGACACCGCGCUGAUGUGGAGAAGCUGGUGAUGCGGCUGCUUAAACACAGUUGAAUUAUGGGAAAUGUGGAGAGCCAGAAUGGGGACAGUGGUUUCCACGGCGAUGUGACGGGACAUCUCUCCCGUAAGCACACGUCCCGGUCACUCCGUCUGUCCAGCAAGCAGCCAAUCACCCGGCGUUCCCGGCACUCUUCUUCAGUGAAACAGGAACACAGAAACUCUGAAGCCUCAACUCGCUCCUCCAGCACCCCUAGCAUCCCACAAUCCUUAGCAGAGAACGGGCUGGAACCUUUCAACGCAACAGAUGCGUUCGGAGACUUUGGCAUCAACCCUCACUGGACACAGCGUGUCGCUAUGACAAUGAGGCCGGAGUCCUAUCAAAACGAUGACGACACCUUGGCCACACCAACUCCUGAAACCUCAGAGGCAGACACCGUCGCCCAGGAUGGUGGUGAGGACUCAAUGGGGGAGGGGGAGGGCGAGGGAGACAUUAUGGGAGAGGAAAGGUACCUCCAGCGAAUGACUGAGGGUCCACGAGAAGGAGGGAGUUUUAAAAAGAAGCGGUCCAAGUCAGCGGACAUGUGGAGAGAAGACAGCCUGGAGUUCUCUCUGUCUGACCUGAGCCAGGAGCAUCUGACCAGCACUGAGGAGAUAAUAGAUGGAGGAGAAGAAGAGGAGGAGGAGCAGUUUGCACGCCCCCGAGGCAGUGCAGCUGAAAGGGCAUCGUCUCUGGACCAUCUGUGCAGCCAGAGUCCUGGCCUCAGGGGGCAGAGGAGCCGCUAUGCUAAAACCCGCAGAGAAGCCGAGUGUGAUGGAGAUGGAGAAGGGGAGGAGGGGUUGAUGUCUCCAACCGAGGAGGAUGGUGGCGGGUAUGGAGCAUUUACGCUCCCCUGCCGACGCUCCCACUGCCUGUCUGAAGGCUUGGCAGGCCUUGGCAUCCCGGCUGCACCGUGCCCUGCUUUCCAAGGGCGCAGGGCACAAACUACCCAGGACAUCUCUGGUGUUUUGGGCGAGGGAAGUGAAUAUGGUGACAGCGGCAUCGAUGGUGUCACCACGGAGAUAGAUUGCGACGGAGAGUUGGUGUCACGGCGCUGUAAGGCCAUGUCGGCCUCUUUCUCAGUGUACUCGGCUACUGAGAGCAGCGUUUUUAAUGGGAGCGACAGCGGGAGCAGCAGUGCAGGAGGAGGAGAAGGAAGAUGCGGCGAGGGAGGCAGGGGAGGAGUGUAUGAGAAUUUCCGGAAGGAGCUGGACAAUCAAGCCUGGACACAUCAGGGCCGGGACUGCACGGAGGAGGCUGGCUCCGCUGUGAGUGAUGAGCAGAGCAGCGGCACUCUUAGUAGUGCGUAUCCAUCGGACACUCUGAUUGGCUGUGCGCAAGGCACAGUCAGGAAGGCAGGGGCUUUGGCUGUGAAGAACUUCUUGGUUCAUAAGAAAAACAAGAAGGUGGAACCUGCAACAAGGCGCAAGUGGAAGCACUACUGGGUUUCUCUGAAAGGCUGCACUCUGUUCCUGUACGAGUCAGACGGUCGUUCUGGCAUUGACCACAACAGCGUUCCUAAACAUGCAUUGUGGGUGGAGAACAGCAUUGUCCAGGCUGUACCUGAACACCCCAAGAAAGAUUUUGUCUUCUGCCUCAGUAACUCAGUGGGAGACGCUUUCCUCUUCCAGACGUCAGGCCAGACAGAACUGGAGAACUGGAUCACGGCGAUCCAUUCCGCAUGUGCUGCCGCUCUGGCUCGGCAGCAUCACAGGGAAGAUACAGUGCGACUGCUGCGAACUGAGAUCCGUAAGCUGGAACAGAAGAUCGACAUGGAUGAGAAGAUGAAAAAGAUGGGAGACAUGCAGCUGUCCACUGUCACUGAUGCUAAGAAGAGGAAGACCAUACUGGAGCAGAUCUUCCUGUGGGAGCAGAACUUGGAGCGGUUUCACAUGGAUCUGUUCCGCUGUCGGUGCUACCUGGCCAGUCUGCAGGGCGGUGAGCCCCCCAACCCCAAACGCCUGCUGGGCUUUGCUUCGCGUCCCACCAAGUUGGCCAUGGGACGACUGGGCAUCUUCUCUGUCUCUUCCUUCCAUGCACUGGUGUCAGCGCGCACAGAAAGCAGCGUCAGGAAGCGGAACCAGGCCAUGCCUCGUACCUUCAGUAAACGUCGUAGCCGUUUCUCCUCCCUCUGGGGGCUGGACACCACCUCAAAGAGGAAGACCACGGGACAUCCUUCCAUUAACCAGGUGUUUGUUGAUGGAAUGGAGCCAGUGAGAAAGCCAUUGGAGCGCAUGUUUGAAGACUCUGCCAGUGAGAAAUCUAAGGAGAGAGAGGGCUCGGUGAAAAGUAUUCCUCAGCAAAACGUAGACAGUGACAUUUGGGUUCCUGAUUACCUAACUCCCUCCUGGGUGUGUCUGCCCAACAAUCAGCCUGUCCUGGCCAUCAUACAACCCGGGGAGACGGCGCUGGAAGUCCUGAGCACCAUCUGCAAGACCCAUAAAAUAGACCCGUCCGGCCACUACUUACGUCUGAAGGUGUGGACUGACAGCCAGAUGCUCUUUUAUGUGCCCAAACUUGAAGAGGAUAUAUCUGAUCUGCUAUACAAAGAGAUUGAGAUUUGCCCCAAAGCUACCAAGGUGAUCCAGUUCGACAAAUCCGAGUCCACCACCAUCGGAUAUGGUUUUUCUGUGGCGGUUAUAGAUGAGGAUGGGACACAGCAGCUCCAUAUUACUGAAGUGAAAGCAGAGGGACUGGCCUCAGCUAAAGGUUUGAAAGCAGGAGAUGAGAUUCUGUUGCUGAAUGGUAAACCUGCAUCAGCCCUCCAAAUGGAUGAUAUGAGGGCUGCUUUUGUAAACCAAGCAUUGACCUUGAGUAUCAGCACCCUGCCCCAGCUGGACCCUCGGGUGCUCUGCUCCCUUCCACCCCGGCACUCUGAUGGGGAGCAGGAUCCAGCUACAGACAUCUUCUCCCAGAGCCAAGAGGACAUCCUUGAUGAGGUGUCGGGGUUGACGGUGAAUAGCCCAGAUGAGAGUUUGGAGGAAGGACCUCUGCUGAGCCUUCAGAGCCCCGGAGGUCAUCAGGAAGACAAAACCUACAUGGGGACCGGACAGAAGAGCACGGAGCAGGUCACUGCUUUCUGCCGCAGUCUCCAUGACAUGAAUCCCCUGGAGUGCCCUAUGUCAUCCUCCUCAUCGUCUUCUUCGUCAUCCCUCUCCCCGAGCCCUGUGUCAGCUUUGCCACCCACAGCAGGCACUGCCACCCAGAGACAGCUCUCCCACGCAGACAAACUCCGCAAGGUCAUCAAUGAACUGGUGGAGACCGAAAAGACUUACGUCAAAGACCUGAGCUGCCUAAUAGAGUGUUACUUAACACCUCUGCAGAAAGAAAGCUUCCUUACACAGGAUGAGCUGGACGUUUUGUUCGGUAACCUUGGGGAGAUGGUCGAGUUCCAGGUGGAGUUUCUCCGGACGCUGGAAGAUGGAAUCAGACUGGUGCCGGAUCUGGACAGACUGGAAAGAGUGGAGCAAUUUAAGAAAGUGCUGUUCUCCUUGGGUGGUUCAUUCCUGUAUUAUGCUGAUCGCUUUAAGAUCUACAGCGCCUUCUGUGCCAGCCACACCAAAGUCCCAAAGGUCCUGGCUAAAGCAAAGACCGACCCAGAUUUCAAAGCUUUCCUGGCUGAGAGAAACCCAAGACAGCAACAUUCAUCCACUCUGGAGUCUUACCUAAUCAAACCCAUCCAGAGGGUCCUGAAGUACCCGCUGCUGCUAAAGGAGCUCUACUCCCUCACUGACCCUGACAGCGAGGAACACUACCACCUGGAUGUUGCAAUGAAGGCCAUGAACAAAGUUGCGAGUCACAUCAAUGAAAUGCAAAAGCUUCACGAGGAGUAUGGUGCUGUUUUCGACCAGCUCAUCAAUGAACAGACUGCAGAUAAAAAAGAGGUGGCUGACCUCUCAAUGGGGGACCUUUUGCUACAUUCUACUGUGGUGUGGAUAAACCCUCCAGCAUCUUUGGUCAAGAGCAAAAAGGACCCUGAGCUGGCUGCUUUUGUGUUCAAAACAGCAGUUGUAUUUGUGUACAAAGACUGCUCCAAGCACAGGAAAAAAAUCGGUGGAUCUCACCGCGUGUCCGUGAGUGAUGACAAAGAUCCUUUCCGUUUCCGUCACAUGAUCGCAACGGACUCUCUUCAAGUUCGCACCCUUGCGAACUCUGAGGGUACAGCGGUUUGUGAGAUAGUUCACACAAGAUCCGAAUCUGAAGGAAGACCAGAGAGAACCUUCCAGUUGUGCUGCAGUUCUCCAGACAGUAAGAAGGACUUCCUGAAAGCCGUCCACUCCAUUCUUAGGGAAAAGCAGCGCCGGCAGCUUCUUAAGACGGAGUCUCUGCCACCCAACCAGCAGUACGUCCCAUUUGGGGGAAAACGUCUAUGUGCCCUCAAAGGGGCGCGGCCCACCAUGAACAGAGCAGCAUCAGCUCCAUCGCGAACGUUAGCCCGCAGAAAGCUGGUGAGGAACCGCUUCACUAUUGAUACCGACCUGGUUUUCCAUGGCAACAACAACAACAGCAACGAUUCAGAGCCCUCCCAACAUUUGUCCUAUCCGCCGCUGUCCCAGCAUGCUCUUCUUCAAGCCCACAAACCUCAAGGAGAGGACACAGACCGUUGGGUGGAAGAGCAGUUCGACCUGGGUUGCUAUGAAGACCAGGGCGAGGGCAUCGACGUGGGGCAGGUGAAGGAGACAGACAUUUUGAGUGAUGACGACGAGUACUGCAAGUCCGUCCGAGCCGCGUCUGCAGAACCUGCCGACCUGGAGGGGAAGAUGGAAGGACUCGACCUACAGGGAAGAGAGAUGAGGAGCCACAACCUGAACGGACGAGCAGAGACUGGAGGUGAGAUGAUGCAGAGUGAAAUGCAGGAGGAGGAAGUUGACAGAAUAAAGCGUGGCGAUAACUCAGGCUCGGUAGACUCUUUCACCUCCUGUGGUGUCUCACUGUCCCGCUGUGCAACACCGACUAUAAAGCUUGCCCCCUUGAAGAAGCAGUGUGCUGUGGAAGGGGCCACAAACAAGGACCAUGAUGUCAUUUGGGUGCGGCGGGAUGACUUUGCUAAUGGGUGCAACAGUGACGUCUUCUGAUUGGGAGUAACUGAAGUGAAAUGAAGACAGUGCAAGAAAAUGAGGGAGAGAUUGGAUACAAGCUUUAAAUAUGUAGAAAUUGGAGGAGAAAAUGUGUAUUAAACCUCAUCCAUGCCUCCCUGUAUCACAACACAACCCUCUUCUUCCCACAUCACCUGCAUCUCCCCUAUUCUGACAAUCCUAAAGUACUGAAACACAGAGUGAGUAAAGAAAAGCAAAAUGUGCUCAGCUUCAUUUGUUGAGACCCAGAGGUUCUCGUCCAGAACUGCUUAAAAGUGGAACAGAAAGAAUACAGGGUCCUCACUGUUUUGGACACACAUCCAGGCAUCAUCACACACCUGUGGAGUUGUAGUUGAACUUAUGAACAAGAUGGCACUGCAUGAACACACAAGUAAACAAGCAAGUGUGUGUAUGUAUACUGUAAGUGCAUAUAGUACACGGAAGCACAGACACAGAGACUCUAGGCAGCUACUGUACAAUGCACACAUCGUACUGAAGCGACGUCCUCACUGAACUGUGACCUUGUGGCCAAAAAUGUCUAUUUUUCAACACAGGAAUGUGGGUGUUCUAUUUUUUUGACUCAGUAAAUGUGUUUGUAUUUUAACACUCAAGGGCUGUGUGUUACUGAACUUCUCUUCAGGGGCUUUUGGCUUAAUGCCUGCUGUGUAAAAGAUGGUGAGAUUCAACUUAGCUUUAUUGUGCUUUUUUAUUGUUUUAACUUAAUAUCAGCUGCACAUUGGUGUAUAGUCAGGAGUACAAUAGUGCUGUUAACCUCUUGUAUGAAAAUGAUUUGAAGCUCACUUAGCAUAUCCUUUUUAAAAGAUAGUUUGGACAACAGAUGGUCUACCUAUUCUUUAUUUAAUUAUUGCCUUUAUACUGUAAUUUUUAAUGUUUACACCACAGUCAGCUACCCAGUGUUACAAACCACCUUUUUCUGUGUUGGUACCAGAAACAGGCUUGAGAGAAAGCCAGCGCUUGUGCCCUUCACAUGAAUGUCCAGUCUUUACUUUUGUUGCUCAAAUAAAAUGCCAUUGUUAUUUUGGUAACUGAUGGAUUUCAUCAAGGUCAUUGACAUACUGGAUCCUUUCUCGCCCCACAGGUCACACUCUCUUCAUGCUCCAUGUCCUUGAUGGAUAACAUAAUUCCCACAACCAUCCUGUUUUACUUGAAUUUUCUUUUGUUUUGAAAGGAGGUAUUCAACAGAGCCAUGUUAGUGACUGUAUUGUGACUUCAAGGAGAAGAGCAAUCACGCAGGUGACCUGUCAUCCUCUGACUGAUUCAGACAUCUUCUUCUGCUCUCUCCAGCUCCUUUGAUCUUAUGUCAUGUCAAGCAGCAUUGCUUGAAAUAAAUUCCUACUGCAUUUGUUCCUCUGUCCACCAGGCUGUGCUGUUUCACUAUAUGUCAUCACAACAACGCACGGAUUGCUGAGAUCAACACAGUCAUGUGCACCUUACUGGAUGUAUUGAACAUGCACUUACUACCCAACUGUGAGGGGGG